AUGCAGACACACGCCGCCGCCGACGUCGACGCCGAGCACGACAAGGCGCUCAAGCAGUUCGUCGAGACGCCCGGCCACUUCUCGCUCGUGCGCAACUUCCACCUUGCCGACGCCUUCACGCUCAUGAACGGCUUCUGCGGCGCGCAGUCGCUCUUUGCCUCGGCGCGCUACCUGCUCACGUCGGACCCCAAGCACGCCUGGACGGCGCUCUGGUUCCCCGUUUUCGGCGCCAUCUUCGACCUGCUCGACGGCAAGGUGGCGCGCUGGCGCAAGAGCAGCAGCAUGCUUGGCCAGGAGCUCGACAGUCUGGCCGACUCGGUCUCGUUUGGCUGCGCACCCGCGUUUGCCGCCUUUGCCCUCGGCCUGCGCACGCCGCUCGACACGGUCAUCCUGACGGGCUUCGUGUGCUGCGGCAUUGCGCGCCUCGCGCGCUUCAACGUCACGACGGCGUCGAUCCCGCACGACGCGUCGGGCAAGGCGCGCUACUUUGAGGGCCUGCCCAUCCCCAGCUCGCUCAUCCUCGUCGGCGGCAUGGCCGUGUGCCUGCUGGCGGGGCGCGUCGACGCCGGCGGCCUGCCGAUUGCGCUGGCCAAGGAGCGCAUCUCGGGCCUGACAUUCACCGGCGCGCUGCGCGACCACAUCCCCGGCGCGCAGGGCGGCAAGGGCGUGCCGCUGGGCGUCAUCGGCCUCGACCUUGCGCCGCACGUGUUCAGCGCGCUGCGCCGCAUCGGCCUGGCGCACGCCACGGCACAGGCGGCCGCCGCGUACGCGACGCUGCAGCUGCACACGCUGAGCCUCGUGUGGCUCGUCUGGAGCGGCCUGCUGGUGAGCAAGACGAUCCGCAUCCCCAAGCCCUGA